GUUAAAGGGCUGCAAGCCAGCAUCUCUUCAGCAGUAUUCUCUGGUGGCCACUCUCUAGCAGUGAUUCUGGGAUAGUUUGUGCAGAUGCCAUGACUGGAGGCACUCCAGUACCUGAGGGAGUAACUUCAAAUCCUUUCUUUCUUCUUGCAGCUGCCUCCAGAGCCUCAGUGAAGGUGAUGUUGCAAAGGCUGGGAUCUCCUCCUGAUACCCAACGUGAUGUUUAGGAGAGUGCUGUGACACAGCAGGGCACAGCAGCCUCUUCAGGGGCUUGAAGACUGCUGAGGAACACACGAUUUGAAUCAUUUAAGCAUUAAAAUAGUAAUACCCAUGGAAGAGCCACAAGACUUACCCGAGCAACCAGUGAAAAAAGCCAAGAUGCAGGAAUCCAGAGAACAGAGCCUGAGUCAUGUGAGCAGCACAGAAGUCAGUGAUCAGAAAACUGAAUCUACAAACCUUGGUUCAAACCUUCCCAUGUCCAGUGAGAUUAUGACAUGCACUGAUUAUAUCCCAAGGUCAUCAAAUGAUUAUACCUCACAAAUGUAUUCUGCAAAGCCAUAUGCACAUAUCCUUUCUGUACCAGUGUCGGAAACAAUGAGCCCUUACCCUGCUCAGCCUCAGUACCAAGCACUACAGCAGUCCCAGCCCUACACCAUCUACCCCCAGACCACCCAGACCUACGGACUACCUCCUUUCGGUGCACUGUGGCCAGGUAUGAAACCUGAAAGUGGUUUAAUUCAGACUCCAUCUACAAGUCAGCACAGUGUUCUUACCUGCACUACAGGGUUAACCACAAGCCAGCCCAGCCCAGCACAUUAUUCUUAUUCCAUUGAAGGCGUAUUUUGGAUCCAUUCCUCUUUCCAGGAGGCACAAGCAUCAACUACCAAUGCCAGUCCAGUCUCUACAUCCUCAACUGUUGUCAAUAUUUCCACAUCAGCAGUAGCCAGCAUCUCACAGGAGUAUCCUACCUACACCAUCCUUGGCCAGAGUCAGUACCAGAGCUGCUACCCGAGCUCAGGCUUUGGAGUGGUGCCACCAGCAGACAGCAGCACGGAGAGCUUGGCAUUAGCCACGAGCACGUACCCAGAGGAGAAACCAAACACCCUGGUGCCAGCACGGGCAGUGCAGAGACCUUCCUCUGGAGAUGCAUCUACAAGUCCUUUGCUACCAAGAGCAACAGCAAGUAAAGAGUUAGAUGAGCAAGCAAGAAAAAACAUCCCUGGAAAGAACAGAGGGAAGAGGAAAGCAGAUACCUCCUCCUCACAGGACAGUGAGCUGGAGCGGGUGUUUCUCUGGGACCUGGAUGAGACCAUCAUCAUCUUCCAUUCUCUUCUCACAGGGUCAUAUGCUCAAAAAUAUGGCAAGGAUCCAACUCUAGUGAUUGGCUCAGGUCUGUCCAUGGAGGAGAUGAUUUUUGAAGUUGCUGAUACUCACUUGUUUUUCAAUGACUUGGAGGAGUGUGACCAGGUACACAUAGAAGAUGUGGCAUCUGAUGACAAUGGCCAGGAUCUAAGCAACUACAACUUCUCCACGGAUGGGUUCAGUGGCUCGGGCAGCAAUGCAAACCACAGCUCCUCGGUGGGCGUGCAGGGAGUGGACUGGAUGAGGAAAUUGGCCUUCCGCUACCGCAGGGUACGCGAGAUCUACAACAAGUACAAAACCAACGUUGGAGGCCUGCUUAGCCCACAGAAGAGAGAAGCUCUGCAGCGACUAAGGACUGACAUAGAAGUGCUGACAGAUUCCUGGCUGGAAACUGCAUUAAAAUCCCUGCUGCUCAUCCAGUCCAGAAAAAACUGUGAGAACAUCCUGAUCACAACCACCCAGCUGAUGCCAGCUCUUGCCAAAGUUCUUCUGUAUGGAUUGGGCGAGGUGUUUCCCAUUGAAAAUAUUUAUAGUGCUACAAAAAUAGGUAAAGAGAGCUGCUUCGAGAGGAUCGUGUCGCGGUUUGGGAAGAAGGUCACCUACGUGGUGAUUGGAGAUGGGCGUGACGAGGAGGUCGCAGCCAAGCAGCACAACAUGCCAUUCUGGAGGAUCACAAAUCACGCUGACCUCGUGUCCCUUCACCAAGCCCUUGAGCUGGACUUCCUGUAAGAAGUUGGAGCAAAGAUGUGACUGCAGCUCCCGCCAGCCCUCUCCAUUACUGGGGGCACAGAAAUCUCACAUGUCUGGGGACUCCCCUUUCAGCUUGAUGAAGAAAACAUACCUAAUGCAAACUGUACAGUGGAAUAUGACAGCAGGUCGUUCCUUGGGAGCACAGGCCCUGCCAAGUCCAGAGGUGUGCUGUGAAGAAGCCCUAGACUCAGCAGAGCUAGAGCUUGUCUGCAGAAGGGACUUACAGAGCCAGCUGAAUGCCUCUGGCAGGUGCCUCCAGAGGGAGAGGCCAUAAAAGAGCAGAUUUAUGUGUAAGAGCCUUCUUCUUUCUAUUCAGCUUAGUUGUAGAACCCAAGUAAAUACAAAAAUUUAUUUUUAUAGGAAAACGCUGAUGGCAGAGCUUAAACCUCCCUUGUUUUGCAAAGCCGAAGAGCUAUGUUUUUUUUCAUAGGAAAUAUUAAUGAAAAUGUCAAAAAUACCUCUGUUGCUGUAAAAUGUGUCCUCCUUCCCUGGGUGUUCAAAACAGUUAAUUUAUUACAAUGUCCUUAUGUUAUUUCCUCAGUGUGGGAUUACUGGAAAAUAUAAAGGUUAAGGGAAUGUUUCUGGGAUAUGUGGUUCCUUGUUGAGGCAAUUAUUGGUGUUCUGAGUUGAUCCUAGUUGCUUCUAGUCAAUGUGUGCAGAAGCCCUUUUAGCCAGCAGGAGAUCACUGGAUUCCAGCUUUGGUGUGGACUGUAGAUCCCACAGAUUUUCCCUGCAAAGGAAAAUGAAAUUGCCUGUGAACAUCAGGUACAGCAGACUGGUGCAGACUGCUCAGAUGUGAACUGAGUCCUCACCUGAACUAGGAAUAAUCUAAUUCCUAAAUCCUCAUGAAUGUUGCAGAGAAGGCUCUGGCUAUGGUAUAACCUUCACCUCUGUGUUCCUGACCCUAUUUGUAAGUUCCUUUUAGUAGAAUCAGAUUCAACUUUCUUAUAUUCUUUGCAUUAGCCUAACUACAUAGUGACAAACAAAUGCCUUGUUAAGAGGGACUUCAUUUUCUAAGACACUGUGACUUGGCAGCAUGGAGCACUUGGGAGGGAUGGUGAUGCUGAUUUUUCUGCAACUGUCUCAGAGCAGAGGCUGGAGUCAGUGCCCUGCAGCUCCCCUGGCCUGGGGCUGGCACAGGGGCUGGUUCUGUGCCAGCUCAGGCUGUGUUUGGUGGUCUCCCCCGUGUACCCUGAUGGCACCAGAUCAGCAGGUGCCCUGAGGACAGGUGUGUGCUGUGCCCUAGAACCUGCUGCUCCUGCAGAGCCAGACCUGUGGCUGCACCCAGACCCCUCCAGAUCGUGGUCCGCAGCCCCACAUCAGACAUCGGGAGACUGGGCUGAAAGUCUGUCACUGCAGGGAGGACACUGACCCAUUUGCUGUGCCCAUAUGGGCAGGGAUGUGUUUGCUGCAUUCCUUUCAUGGCUUUAAUUACUGAGGGUUAAUUUCCAUCAGUGCAGGGGGAGCUGCUGGGCCAGCUUUGCACAGGCUCUGCUGUGCCCUGGGGGCAUCUGUUCCUGGGCCAGCUCCAGAGACCGUGGGCAGAAGGUGCCUAGAGCCAGGGGUUUGGAUACCUCGUGCUCAGGGACUGGACCUGGGAGGUCUAUUUCAUGUACCAGCUCCAGUUUCCCUUUGGAUUUGAUUGUUUUGGGGUUUUUUUUGAGAUUAAUUAAAUUGGAAUCAAAGGUGAUUCUCCUUCUCCAGGGUGGUCACUGGAGUCAGGAGUACUCUGCUUUCUGUCAGCUCCUUGCCAGGUGUUAGCCUUGUGCUCUGAUCCCAGGUGGGUACUGGGGCUGUGCAUUUCCCCAGGAGCUCUGCAGCAGGAACGUGCUGGGUGGGAGCUGCUCAUCCCAUGAGGAAAAUCUGAGUCUGCUGUGGGUGUCACUGGGCAGCUCAGCAGAGGGAAAGGGAGCAGCAGGGCAAACAGGCUGUGCUGGGAGUGCUCAGCAGUGGAUUUGGAAAGGGGAGCAGGACCCAGGGAUGUUCUCUGUCUACACCAAAUGGACAGCCAAGGUGUGUUCACCUGUUCAAGGCAGCUGAGGCAGCUCCAGCUCCCUUACUGCUGGGUCCAUAGAGUCCAGUUCCUCUGGGGUCCCUGUGAAGUGCCAGAGCUGUGGUGAGGAGCAGCCUCAUUGCUCCAGGGUUGGAAAUGUCACGGGAGGGGGACUCAGCUGUAGUCACAGGAGAGUCUGUGCUGAUGCUGAACCUCCCUCAGCCCAUCCAAAGGUCUCCUGCGAGCAGGCUGGGGAGCUGUCCCAGCCUGUGCAGCAGCCUGUUGGGAGCCUAUCUCGUACUCCAGCUGGCUGAAUUUGGGAUUAAAACCUGUGCCUUAACCUCGCACCACCAGCACGGCCGAGCAGCCCAAGUGCUUCGCUCCCGUGGGAAGCAGCUGAGCAGAGCCGUGCUGGAGAGGGGCUGGGUUUGCCCAGGCACUGGCAGCAGGUGCUGGACCUGCAGGCCUGGACCUGAGCUGCCUGGCAGCUGGCUGUGCUUUGUGUUUGUUUACUUCAAAUGUUUUAAGGAAAUUUUAAGAUGUUGGUAAAAUUUUAGCUGAGUGUGGAACUCGCAGCCACUGACAUUUCAUACUGGUAUUUAUAUGAUGUUUCCUUGAAUGUAUGUAAAGUACUUUUGUAACAGGAGGUUGAUGGUACAUUUCUGUGUUUGUUAAUAAAGGGGUGACCUGGCUAUUUUAUUUUUUCCUCUACUGGCUGAAUUUAAGCCUUUUCCUGUCUCUUUUGAGGCAAGAACAGCAUCUCUAUCCAAGCAUUGAUUUUCUCCUGUCGCUGUCACCAGUUCAGCUACAGUCAGGUCAGGGGUAAUGGGAGAGCAAACCUGAACACCUGAAGGACAGUCAGCCUGCAGGCCUAGAGCACCUGAGCUCACCUGGGUGUUGCUGGCUUCCCCUUCAGCUUCAACACAGCCAGAGAGGCUUUAAAAACCACCUGAUCCACUAAUACUUGUUGCCUCCAAGAGCCCUUGGGGAGAUGUCUGUGCUGGCACUGGUGGGGAGCAGCAGGACCCCUGGAGCCCACAGCACCUCUCUUGCCCUGCUAUGAGGAGUGAUCUCAGGUGCUGCUGGCUGUGGGGCCUUUGCCUGUUCAUGGUCUGUAGUGAGAACUGUCCUGUGAACUGGAAAAAAAUAAUAAAGUCUUUAUUUUCUAUA